AUGCAAAAAAGUACAAAAUCAUCUUUAAUUCGACAAGAUGAAUCUUCAUCAUUAUUGAAUACGUUCAUUAUUAAUAAUCAACAAGAUAUAUCUGCUAAGAAUUUUAUUCAGUCAUGUUCUUAUCGUAUUGAAAAUACUGAUCGUAAUGCUGUUAUUAAACGUCAAGAUAUGGAAGCUUGUUUAAAACGUUUAUCGACUAGAGAUGAUGUUCAUGGUGUAAUUGUAGCAACUAUUGAUGGUCGUAUACUUUAUGAAUGUGAAGCUUUAAAAAACUGGAUUCCUGUUUUAGCACCAUUAUGUUUAUUUGCUCGUCAUCUUGUUCGUAAUAAUGAUCCUAAUGAUAAUAUUCAAGCACUUCGUUUAAGAACAAAAAAUUAUGAACUAUUAAUUACAAUUCAUAAUGAACAAUUAUUAAUUGUUAUGCAAAUGUUAUCUAUUAGUAAUAACAAAGAUGUUAAUAUUAAUAAUAUGAAUGAAGAAGAUUGGGACACAUUUUUAAAGAGAAUACAACAAAAGAAAAUAGAAAAUGAAGAGUGA